CGUGCAAAACAGCGAUGACAGACAUUUUUGGCCACUUUGUUGGACACGCAGCUUGCCAGGGGUUCGCAGGAGAAGAUCAACUGGCCACCUUUAAUGCCUGUAGUCGACCGCAGGCCGUUACCUUUGCCCGGGCUUACAAACCGCUCCAACCUGGACGCCAUGACAGCCACGUUUAUAUAAACCCGCGCGAUCUGACAGACAAAUGUUUACGUACGCACGAUGUACGGUCGCUACGUGAUGACAUCAUUUUUGCGUAAGACGUCAUCACGUAGUUCCGCCUUUUUCCGUCCAGUUUGGUUAAUUCGUUAAACUUACAUCUUGAAAGCAUAUUAAUUACCCCAAAAUGUACAAUAUUUACACAGGUUGUAUUUAUAAUUUGAUGGAAAUACUUACUUUAAAUACUUUUAACCAGAUACUUUAAAUACUAAAACCACAAUAACAAACAUAUUUCUUGAUGACACUGAUUUCUCUAUUUAUUUGAAAAUGCAAUGCAUUAUCAGAGUACAUCCUUUAUCCUUGCUUUGUGUGAAUACUCAACCAAGUUCAGAGAAAAUGGGAGUGACGCUUCUCUGGAAUCGUUGCUCACAAUUGCAGUAAGACUUUCCCAAAUGAGGAAGUGUGCUCACAGUGCAACGCAUAUCCGAGUUGGAGCUCAACUGUACUCAAGCGUCUGCUCGGAUUAAAAGAGAGGAAAAAGACACUGUUGAUUUAUUCAGGAUGUUUGCCCUUCUUUUCCUUCAUGUUGGAAAUAUAGCAACCUCAGCAGCUCUCUCCGGAGUGAAUCUUGAUUGCACCAACAACUAUGACCGUUUGAUGUCUUGUCACUUUGACGCUCCAAAUUGCACCGACUACAACGUGACUCUGCGGAGCCUUGACGGUUAUGGUGAGAAGUACUGUCUUCCUGUGCAGUGUACAAGUGGAAAAUGUUGCUGCUCCAUUAAUAUGUAUCUGAUAUUAUACGAGACUCACACGGCAUCUGUACGUAGAGGAGAUAAAUAUGUGGAGUCCAAAAACAUCAGCAUUAAAUUCAGCUUAAAACCCAACGCCCCAACCAUUGUCUCGGUGAAGGAAUCAAAUGGGAAUCUUCGGGUGGCGUGGAGGCCAAACAUUGAAAAAGCUCACAUAAGAGAACAAAUGAGGACAAUUGUGACAUAUCGCAAAAAAGGAUACACAAAAGAGGUGUCGGAGAAGUCUGUAGUAACUGCAGAUGGGCUGAGUUAUCUUGAAAUACUUAGUGAACACUUGGAGCCGAGCACAACGUACGUGUUCACCGCGCAGAACAUCCUGACGUGGGGCAGCCCGCACAGUGACCUCAGCAAGGAGUUCGAAUUUACGACCUCGCCAGCACGUGAGCGCCUACUUGUGGCAGUCAUUGUUAGCCUCAGUCUGGUGGCGGUCAUUGCCACCAGUGGGGCUUACGGCUGUUACGUAAAGUGUAGAGCCAAGUACUGGGACUCGGUCAUCGAUCAUCAAAAGUCCAAACUACUCGAUUUAAAUCCGAGUGAGCAUGAGGUUUUAAAGCCUACGCCGCCUAUCAUCUCAUCUAUCUAUGUUGAGCCCCCCACCCCAGAUGACACUAAAUCAUGGUCAAAAGGAUCCCUACUUAACAGCAGCAUCGAGAGCCUUCAUCAAAGCAGUGGAAUCGGCAACAGCCCCUCUUCUCUCAGUUACACUCACACGGAGACUGCUGACAUCAUCUUGAGUGUCCAGGAGGCGCUCAGAAAAGCCCUGGUGACUAUCAACCCCAUGUCACCAUCAACCGACCGGCCCCUAACCAGUAGUCUACCGUCCACUCGCCUCGGUCCCUGUUGUGGCGAGCAAUUUUCAGGAACAUGCAGGUGUGAAAAUAAAACAAAGUACUCCUUCAUCAGGCCCAGCGACCCCACACAGAUAAAGACCGAACAGUCCCAGUCUGGAAUUCUGUGCCAUUCUGACUACAAAGAAACAGGCAGUGCGUCUGCCUGCCCCGACAGGCAGGCAUCAGCUUGCGAAGACACCGUGUUACCGACCGUGGUCUCGUCUUACAUGUUGACUGACACAUCUCACCAACAGGGCAGCCGAGACUCUGGGAGAUUUUCAAACUAUGACGCGUCCCUCAGCUGCAGCAAAACAAGCCUGAAUGGAGAUGUUGAAUCCAGAACGGGAGAAGGACAGGAGAACUGUAAGGAGAUGUUUGUUGGUUCUGAUGAUGGCAGUCUUCCAGUCAGUUGCAACUACCAAACGUUUCAGAGUUUAAGGAGGCACUCUGACAUUGCGUUUGCUGACUGGAAAAGUCAUGAAAAAGACGAUAACUUGAAGAAUUUUGGAGAAAAACCAAUAGAUGAUGCAAGGAAAGUUGAAGCUCAAGGCUUCAUGCUUCCAAGACCACAAGACAGUCUUCCAGUGGAUGAUGCCUACAGACCAUUUCCGAGUCCAGUGAAGCUGCCUGGUAUUAACGUUGCAGACCAGAAUUGUGUUGAGAAAACAGAGGAUUUAAAUAAGAUUCUUGACAAAAGAUUAGAAAAUACAAGUAAAGGUGAUGAGGUUCACAGGUUCAUGCUCCCAAGACCACAAGACAGUCUUCCAGUGGAUGGCGCCUAUAGACCAUUUCUGAGUCCAGUGAAUCUGCCUGGUAUUAAGGUUGCGGACCAGAAUUGUGUUGAGAAAACAGAUCAUUUAAAUAAGAUUCUUGACAAAAGAUUAGAAAAUGCAAGUAAAGGUGAUGAGGGUCUUGGAAGCUUCAUGCUUGCAAGUUCACUAGACAGCCUUCCAGUGGAUCCCCGCUAUCAAGCCUUUCAGAGUACCAAGCCAGUCUUACCAACCGUGGUCACGUCUUACAUUUUGACUGACACAUCUCACCAGCAGGGCCCACGAGACUCUGGGGAGACUCCGGGGAGCUACAAGGAGAUAUUUGUGGGUGCUGAUGAUGGCAGUCUUCUGGUCAGUUGCAACUACCACACAUUUCAAAGUUUAAGGAGGCACUCUGAUAUUACAUUUGCUGACCCCAAAAGUAGCAAGAAAGUAGAAAACUGGGAGAAGUCUUCAGAAAAACAAUUAGAAUAUGCCAAUAAAGGUGACAAGGGUCACAGUCUUCCAGUAAAUAUCCACUACCAAGCCAUUCCGGGAUACAAAAUUGUGUAGUGUGAGCUGCUUUGAGUACAUUGUGAUUAUGUUUGUUUGUAACUACUUGAAGUACUUUAUGUGAUCCUUUCAAUUACAUAUGUAGGCCUUACAGUGACAUUUAGGACAAUAGAUGGCCACAGAAAAACAUUUUUAUUCCUACUAGCACAAAUAUGUUAUGUACCGUAAUGUAGUAUCUCACUCAGUGGUGGGAAAACUGCAGCCUGCGGGAUUUUUGCUAGAUUGCAAAAUAUCUUGAGGAGGUCGUCACAGAAGUAAACAAAGAGGAGUUAACAUGCUCUUGAUAGCCAAUGUCUUAUUGUUCAUAGUUCAUAUUGUUGUUGCAGCUGGACUACCCAGCAUGCCUUGUGGGCAAGUGGAACUAAGAGUUUUAAGUUUAGUGUUAUAUUUCGCCCAUAGUUGUUGAUUUAUAUGUGCUGCUUGAACUUGUUUUGUGUUUUCUUUUCGUUUUCACCAUCAACAAGUAUGUCGUUCUGUUUGAUGCCACAUAUAUUAAUCGACUGCCCCUCUGCCAAAUAUUUGGUCGUGAGUCAAAAAGUUUGCUCACCCCUGAUUUAUCCACUCAUUUUAUGGAAAUCAGUGCCGUUGUUAUUGUGUAACCCAACACUGCUUACUAAGUACAGUAGCUUGAAAAUGAAUCCUCGGCUUCAGCCCGGGAAGUGUGACUCCUGAAAGACUCCUUUCACGUCACAACCAAGUAAAGAGUCAGCAACAGGUCGCCAUUGUGCAAUGUACUUCCUCACUCGCUACUUCUAUGAAACAUGUCAAUAUAAAUCCAUGUAUUCAUAACAGAGACAGGUGUAAUUCAAACUAAUUAAUCAGUCCUGUGUUUCUAUUCAUGAUGUCAUGAAUUUAAGUGACAAUAAACAUUCAUU